ACGUCAGUCAGUCAGUCUGCCCGUCUGUCUGUUCAGAUAUCUAGUUGGGCCAAUGUCGGUGUGCUAGGUACCAACUUCACCGCCCAUCAUGGACUGACCGAAAGUUUUGACGACCGACACGACGACCGGACGAAAGACCAACUGGCAGAAUGGGCCAAUCCGACAAGUGAUCAGAGUCCGGGGCGAGUCUUGGCGCCCUCAUUUGUCACUCGGUCCUGCUCCUCUGCCCAAAGCCCAUUGCCCAGCUGCGUGUGA